GUCUGUUCCAUGUCAAAUUCUGGAAAAACAUAAACCUCUAACCUUGAGAAACAUAAGUUUUGGGUGGUAAAUUUUGUUAUGAAUACCCCAACUUCGUCGGAUGAGAAACUUCCUGAUGGCUGGGUUUUAUGUGCAUCAAAAUCAACCCCAGGCAGAAAUUAUUACUUUAACAGAAAAACUGGUAAAUCUUCAUGGACUCCACCACAGGAGUCUAAUGAAAUGGAAGAAAAGUCGAAUACUAAGGAAAAGCAUAAAAUGAUGAUGGAUGGCAUAAAUAAACAACUUAAAAGUUUGAAACGAAAAAGUGAUUCUCAAGAAAAUUGUUCACUUCAGAAAAAACAAAAGCAAUCUGACUUUGAUAUUCAAAAAAGACAUUCACUUUCCGAUGAACGAGAACUUCACAAGCUACACACACCAACAAAUACAGAAACUACUUCUAGAUGCUCUGUGCCGGAUACGUCAAAAAAAUUAAAAAAAAACUUGGCCAAUGCAAGACUCUCACAACUUAGAGCACAACUCAAUGAUGAAGCUGAAGCUGAAGAGACAAGUAAUACUAACAAUCACAAUCAGCAAUUUGUUAACAGUAAACCUCCGCAGCCAAAUCAAAAACCUGGAGAGGAAGUUAAAACUAAGCAGCAUUUAAACACAUCUCCAAACAAAUAUCAAAGGCGGAAUCCAAGUGUAUCACCAUCCAAGAUAGAUGAGAGUCCUCCAAGUGAUUCAAAAUCAAAUCAUUCUCAAUUUAGUGAGACCUUACACUCAAUCCCAUCUCCAUCACAGUUCUUUGCAGCUAAUAAAAUAAUUUCAUCUAUGAAAGCACAGUUACCUGAAGAAUUUUGUAACAAACAGACAUCAAAGGAUACAUUUGCUGACAUAGAAAAGGAAAUAUGUAGUCAGACGACUGAUUAUCCCUUUUCAAAGCAUCCAGCGACACCCCCUCAGUUUUCAGAAGCUAGUAAACUUGUUUCUGCAAUAAAAUCCAAAUUAGCAUACAGGGUAUCAACACCUAAAGAUGUUAAAACAUUUUCAUCACCGAAAGAGAGAAUGGAAGAGCUGAGAACAAGAUUAAGUAAAGAUGUGGAUUCUGAUAGUUCUAUUCAUUAUAACUGCAGGAAAACUAAUUUAAGUAAAGAUUUCAAUAAUGAGAGUUGUGCAAUUGAAGCCAUGGAUGUUGAGGACUAUAGACCGGUAAAACUAAGUGCACCUCUAACAAACAUUCAAAACCAGAAGGGUGUUGUUCUUGUUUUUGAUACAAAUAUAUUUAUACAUGACUUAGAUCUUAUAAGAACCGUGCUUGAUUCACAUUUGAAAGGUUACAGUGAACAGCCAACUUUGUUGGUCCCGUGGCGCGUCAUAAAUGAGCUGGACCGCCUCAAAGACAACAACAGCGGGAAGGGAGCUGUUUGUAAAAGGGCCAGAGCUGCCAUGGAUUACCUGUACAAAUCGCUGCCUGAAAAUAAUCGAAUAAAAGGUCAGUCUCUUCGCGACGCAAACUCUCACAUAUAUCCCUGUGAGACACCUGAUGAUGAGAUCCUCAACUGUUCCUUACAACAAGUUGAACGGGGAAUGAAUGUGUUGCUGGUGUCGAGCGACAAGAACCUGUGCAGCAAGGCGGCCAUUAACGGCGUGCACCACAUCGGCGUGGCGGAGCUGCGGUCGUCGCUGCGGAGCAAGCCGCAGCCGGCCUCGGCGCAGCUCCUGGCGCGCCUCCAGCGGUACCGGGACGCGCUCUACCCACUGCUGGCCAACAUCCUCGAGAACGAAAUGCGUGCAAAAUACAACCACCUGUGGAGAAACGUGAUUUUCAAGGAGCCUCCGUGGUCGCUCGAGGAUGUGCUACAGUGUCUACUGAAGCACUGGAUUGCGGUCUUCAGCGAGGUGUUCCCGAGGAUCGAGCAGCUCAUUAAUGAUCUCAAACACACACUGGUAUCUAUACAGAGUAAAGAUCCAAAAACAGUUACCCAUUCUGAAGUGAUGUCAUUUAAGGAGCUCUGUUUAGACGUUGCACAGAAGUGUAGAAUCAUUCCCGAAUAUAUGGAAAUGGCUAAACAAUGUGUGGGACGGAUAUCUUCUGAGAGUGAGACGGCAAGUCCCGAUAGAAGCAAUAGUGCCAGCGGGGCUGAUUUAAAAAACACAGGUGAUAACAAAAGAAUAGAAACAACUGCAAAAGAUAAUGGCAGCAAGCGAGCUAAACUUGCAAAGAGAUUAGAUGAACAUGCAAGUUCACAUAAAAAUGAAGAAACGCACAGUGAUAUGCAAAUAGUUGUGGAGGCGUUCGAGUUUAUAUGGACUGUAUACUCCAGUUACUGUGCAAAAAUUGCAAGUGCAAUGGGAGUUGAACACAGUAUAGAGGACUCACUGCAUAGCAACGAUGAGUUGGACGCACUGACGGACAGAUUGACGACAUUCUCGUCCAACAUUGAUGCGGUGGCGAACGCAAUUAACAAAGUUUUAUCGUCGAAAGACUGCCAAAGCUUGGACGAGUCUGUGACCGAUCUGGAAGCAAGAUUCAGAGAAGCUCUGACGUAUAUCGGCGUGGAGACGGGCAUUCACAAGCAACCUUUGAGGGUGUUCUGCGAACAUCAAAGACACAUGUUGCAAGAAGCGUACGGCAAGUUCGUUCAACUAAGUGACCUGUUAGUAGUGUGUAAGAAUAGAGUUUCGAAUUAAAUAUAAUUAAUGAAUGUACAGUCGCCGCCAAAAGUAAAACUGUGAUCAAUUAUCGGAUUUAAUACUAUUUUUAAUUUUUGUAAUGAAACAUGAUUGCAUGUUGAAAGAAGUUCUUGAUGAAGUAAUAAAAAUGCGAUUCGCAGGAAGGGUUCCGUACCAAUGUACUAUUAAAAUAUUAAAAGAAACUUGUUAAACCUAUGCGGAAUCAAUAUUUUUUCAAUGCAGUUGUAAAAAUGGCCUACUUUUAGAGUAUACAUUUAACAGAUAUAUUAUUUUACUAUAUUUUACUUAUAAGUUUCCUACCUGACCCGACAGACGCUGUUCUGGCAAUAGAAAAAGAAAAAAAAUUAUGUAAUUAAAGUAUUCGGGAAUAAUGUAGUCUAAAGUUGUGGAAAUGUGAUGUAAAGUUGUGGAUAAUUAAAAGUAGUGGAAAUGUGUACCCAGUCAAAGUAAAUUAAUAAUGAAAUAAAAAUGUAUUUCUGAAUGAUUUUAUAACAUAUAGCACCAAAAAAAAAAUGA